AUGGAAAUUCCAGGCAGCUGGCCAGAGUCCCCCACAUCCGGGAACGGUGAAGACAGCAACGAUCCAUCGGGAAUGGGAUACACAGACAACGAAGGCGAUGCUUUCUCCGAGCCCAACACAACUGUGGAGUACUCUGUCAACAAAGGAGACGAUGUCGACCCUGCAGAUGAGCCCAUCGACGGUACUCUCGGCCAGGCACAUUCGGCUCGAUCGAACGCCGCCACAAAGUCCUCCCCGAGCUCGCAAAGCGAUGGCACUACCACUCCUCCAACUAACGCAUCCGUGUCUGCCACAGCAGAAGAUCAAUCUCAAAUACACCCUCACCAAAUUCAAAGCGCCAUGACAAGAUUGCAGAUCGGAGAAGACCCUAGAUCCGCCGCGGACGCGGCCGCCCAUACCGCACUAGAGGGAAGUGUCGCCCCUUUCUUACCCUCUCACCCUCUCAUUGCUAGGCUCCAGCAACACCAAACCACCAGCUCGACUAGCAAUGCCACAGCCAUGGAAGCGCUCGAGGCCCUACACAGCAGAGAGAUCAGCUGGCUUCAGCAACAGCACGAGGACAGCACUGCGAGGAUGAGGGACGAGCUUCGCGAUCUCAGAGUCGAGAAUCACGAGCUCGAGAUCGAAUUGAGACGCCAUGAACGCACGAUUGCCGACAAAGACCAGCAGAUCUUCCAUCUCACAUCAUCCGGCCAGCCACACCCCACGGAGGCCUGUGCUCUUUGCGGAAGAGUUGGAGACCGGUAUGCUGGAGAUGCCGAAGAGCCAGUCAAGGAUAAGGCGUCUGGAAGCAACCGCAAAGCAAGAGAAACCCCGUCCAAUGGUAAAUCCUGGGACGACGAUCCGACAACGUACACUCUGCCCACCAGGCGGGCUCCUGAUCACCACCACAACAAGGCUGCCAGAAUCGAGGCGAUGAUCCGCAGACGAGAUGGGCGUCCAAAGCCAGGCGACAAGGAGCUGAUAGAGUGGGAAUGCUCGAGCGACGACGAGGAAGUCCAGGCAGGCAAGAUUGAUACGGAGGCUGAUCCAGAUGACGAGGACGGAAAUGAUGGCUGGGCCGCAGAUGGAGCGCUCUCCAUGAGAGGAACCACAAAUUCCAGCGGCGGAUGGUAG